AACCACCUUCCUUCCAUCGCUUCCACUACCACCACCACUACCCUACUAUAUCACAAGAAACACAAAAACCACAACGACAAUGUCUCUCGACAAGCAAGCCGCCGCCUUCACCCGCUCCGUGCAAGCCCAAGCGGGCCUAGCUGGUCAACGCCGCACGGUGGCGGCCCCCCAACCCACCGCCACCACUACAACACCUCAGACGACCCUGAAGCGCAAAAAGGUCGUGGACCGCAGCAAGCCCGCGCCCGCACCCAUAGUCUACAGCCAGCCAACAGACACCUCCCUGAUGGGACAGCACAUCCUAACACAAGUGCACCACGCCGUCCAAUUCCUGAAGUUGCGCGAGAGCCCGCAAACGAUGCAGCAGAUUGCGGAUUACCUCUCCAUACAUAUAACACCAUCCCUCCUAGAGAUACUGAAGCGCAACGAGCGCAUAACCUACGACGCCUCGGCCAACACCUUCGAGUUCAAACCGAUCCACAACAUCCGCAGCGCACAGGCACUCCUGGCAUUCCUGCAGCAGCAGACGACGGCGCAGGGGCUCAGCGUCAAGGAGUUGAAGGAUGGGUGGAGUGGGGCCAUCGAUACCAUCGCCGACCUGGAAGAGCGCUCCGAGAUACUGGUCACCAGGACCAAGAAGGACAAUCAGCCGAGGAUGGUCUGGAUCAACGAUCGGACGCUGGAUGUUCAGGUCGAGGAGGAGUUUAUGAAUAUUUGGCACAAGGUGGUCAUUCCCCCGCCGGGGGAGUUGCCGGGGGAGCUGGAGAGGGCGGGGCUGAAGCCGACCAGUGUCGAUCCCGCUACCAUUAAGAAGGACGUCAAGGCGACGCAGAAGGGGAGGAAGAGGGCCGUCAACCGCAGGGUCAAGAUCAGCAACACGCACAUGAACGGGAUCUUGAAGGAUUCGAAGGAGUUGAAGAGCGGUGGGUGGAAAAAGUAA